AUGACUUCAGGAAACCUUAGCGCAGUUAUCAAGAUUGACGAAAUGGAGCCAGAAAUGAAAGAUUUUGCAAUCGAGACUGCCAUCAAUGCAAUAUCUGCGAAAAGUACUGAAAAAGAAAUCGCUUCUCAUAUAAAGAAAACUUUUGAAGACAGGUACCAGCCUCAUUGGCAUUGCAUUGUGGGGAGGCACUUUGGAGCCCACGUAACAUUUGAGGCAAGGAAUUAUAUUUAUUUUUACAUAGGACCGAUUGGGAUUUUACUCUUCAAAAGUGCUUAA